CCCAGCAAAGCCCCUCCCUCCCUGUAGAAUCUUCCACAUUCGCCCAGAAAUGCGCCGGGUCGCCAUGGCUAUGGGGAUCCCUCGGCGGAGCGCCCUGCUGCUCCUGUCGCUGCUGCUCUGCUUGGCCCUGGAGAGCAGUUGCGCUUUGCACACCAAGGGCGCCCUGCCCCUCGACGCCAUCACCUUCUACAAGGUGAUCCCGAAGCACAAGUUUGUGCUGGUGAAAUUUGACACCCAGUAUCCUUAUGGAGAGAAGCAGGAUGAGUUCAAAAAGGUGGCCGAAAGCUCGGAGUCCAGUGACGAUUUGUUGGUGGCCGAGGUGGGGAUAUCAGAUUAUGGUGACAAGCUGAACAUGGAACUGGGGGAGAAGUACAAGCUUGAUAAAGAGGCUUACCCGGUUUUUUACCUGUUCCAAGAUGGCGACCUGGACAACCCUUUGCCUUACCCUGGGCAGGUCAAAGCGAGCUCCCUGCAGCGCUGGCUGAAGAGCCGGGGAAUCUACAUGGGGAUGCCGGGGUGCCUGAAGGAGUUUGACACCUUGGCCAGCAAAUUUGUGGGUGCUACGGAAGAGCUGGAGCGCCAAGCCCUCCUGGAAGAAGGGCGGAAACUCCUGGCCAGGGCGAAGGAGACAGAGCAGAAGUCCUCGGAGCAAUACGUCAAGGUCAUGAGCAAAAUCCUCGCCCAGGGAGACCAGUUUGCCGCCAGCGAAGUCUCCCGGAUCAGCAAGCUCAUUGAGGAGAACAAAAUGAGCGAGGGCAAGAAGGAGGAACUCCAGAAGCGCUUGAACAUCCUUGCUUCCUUCCAGAAGAAGACCAAGGAGGAGAAGGAGGAACUUUGACAUGCUAGAAAUGGCAUGCUCCGUGGAAUCUUAAGUGGGUCGAGGUCCCAAUCUGGUGCUCCUUCAUGCAAGCAAAAAUGCCCCGCUCUCUUUUAAUGAAUUCCCGUCAUAGAGAAGAUUCCCACAUACACACAUGCACACCCUUUUUAAACUUUUAUUUUGAACGAAAGGCAUCCCUUAGGUGCCACUCAGAACAGUACGGAGACUGCCAUCGUUCCCAGCGCUGUUGAGAGCAUUGCAGGUAGAAGAUCCGUUAAUCCUUUGUUUCAAAAGGCAAAAAAAUAAAUAAUUUUCCUUUC